CCGAUAGAUGAUUAUCGUCUGCAUAAGCCUGGAAAUUUUAUUCAUGCUCGACGUUAUGGUUAUUUUCCCAGAGAUAAAUAUAAGAAUAUGGGAAGUCGAUUUUAUGAUGAGCAUAAUAGAAGAUUUGAUAACAAAGAUCAUCCAAUACAUCAUUAUGAGAAUUAUCAAAGAGAUGUUGAUUAUCAAAGAGGUCCAAGGUAUCAUCCAAGAAAUAUGGAAUAUCUUCGAGAUGAUAAACCUUUAAGAAAUGAUAAUUAUGGUAUUAAUUUUAAUAAUGGUGAUAAAAGAAUUAAUAUUCAACAUGAUUAUCCUCCUCCUCGAAAUGAUAGACAUGAUCCACAUCAUCAUAUGGCUUCUGAUAUAAAGGGAAACUUCGAGAUUAAUAGAUAUCAUUCACAGACUCAUAGAGUUUAUAAUCAAAAUAACAAGUAUUUUCAUAAUCCAAAACCUUAUUAUAACUACAGAGGUUAUCAAAAUCCUAGAAUGAAAUAUAAGCCUUACAAUGAUCACAGUUCAUUCAAACGUAGAGAUGAUUAUGGUAGUUGCAGAGGUUCAGUUAUAACUCCAUAA